AAACCCAAAAACGAAAAAAUUAAAAAUAAAAUACUAUAAAUACUGCGCUCUACCAUCUGGCUCUGCUCGAAUAUCCUCUGCUGGUUUCUAGGGUUUCGUUCCCGUCGUUUAGGGUUUCUAGGUUUUCGUUCCCGUCGUUUUGCUUUCUCGAACUUUGAUGUUUAGCCAAGAACUAUGGCAGAACGAAGGCAUCAGAGGAGGAGGGGCCUUUAUUUUUGCUACUGUGAGGAAAGUUUCCAGUAUCUUCAAGGUCUGCGUGAUCAUGUUCGUUUCAUUCACAUAGGGGAUCGUCUCGACCUGUUAUUUGCGGGAUAUGCAAUUCCGUCUCCCGAUCACGGAUUGAACAUGAUCUUCAUGUCAUCCGUGAUCACGAAAUCAUCCGAGUGCCCGAAGCUGAUCCUCCUGUACCUGAAGCUGAAGCUUGUCCUCCAGUACCGAAGCUGAUCCUCAGUUACUUGAGGACCAGCUUCAGGUACCGGAGGAUCAGCUUCAUGUACAGGUACUGGAGGGCCAGAUAAGAAUUCUGGUACCUGAAGGUAAUGAGGACCAAGAUUAAGCUCCACGUCAAGAAACUCGUAGAAAUUACAGAAGAUCCAGACGGAAUCCAAACUGGCACUAAUGUACAGAAUAUAGAUUGGCAAGAACGGCUGGCAGUGCCAUAUUUUUCAUCCAUUUUCUCGAAAGAGCCAAACCAAAUAAUUACGGGCAUAGAACGAGAUACUCCUCAAGUCAAACUGGAAAAUGUUACUACAGAUGAUAAUGCUCAAAUUCUUGAUAAACCUGAAAAAAUAGCCCGAAGGCAAUUGCGAGAGAAAAGGCGUGAAAAAGGGGCAGCUGAGUUAGUCCACCAAGAUACUGAAGCAAUCAUUAAGCUAGAAAAUAGUGCCAUUGAACACUCAAAGGCAGUUGACUCGUCAGUUUUGGGGAAAUACUGCUUAUUGAGGCGGGAAAAUGAGAAUGAGAAUUUGGAUUCAACAAUACGCUUGAUGCGAGAUCAAAUGAUUAUGGCUAGGGUAUAUGCAACCAUUGCAAGGAUGAAGAACAAGCUUGAUCUAUACCUAGAGCUUUCGGAAAGGCUCAAGGAAAGCCAAUGUGCCCUUGGAGAUGCCAAUACUGAUGCAGAUCUGGGCCGCAGUGCACCUGAGAAAAUUAAGGCUAUGAGUCAAGUCCUGUCUAAAGCAAGAGAACAGCUCUAUGACUGCAAAUUGGUAACCCAAAAGCUUAGAGUGAUGCUUCAAUCAGCUGAUGAACAGGUAAGGCUCUGCUUAAAGAAGCAGAGCACAUUCCUAAGCCAAUUAGCAACGAAGACUGUUCCGAACGGGAUCCAUUGCCUGUCAAUGCGUUUAACCAUAAGCUACUACCUCCUUCCACCUGAGAAGAGAAAGUUCCCUAGGAGUGAAAAUCCAAAUCUUUACCACUAUGCUCUAUUCUCUGACAAUGUCUUAGCUGCGUCGGUCGUUGUCAACUCAACCAUCAUGAAUGUUAAGGGAAUGGAGGCAACGUUUACGGUGACAGUAGAUGAUAUUGAAUGUGCGUACUUUGAUAAAGUAGAUGGCCUCUGUGGUUUUGGAGCACAGAAUAGAGAAAGUAUUGCGCAACUGAUAUGGGGUUUUUUGGGUUUUUUGAUUAUUGGUCAUUUCGUCAUGACUAUGCAAAUACUGUUAUAUCUGUACGCACAGGAAGUAUCGUCAGUAAGCAAGCCAAAGACUGGACAAGGCGAAUUGAAAAUGACCGUCAUUUGAUAUGUAUAGAGGAUCCCUUUGAAACAUCUCAUGAUCUUGGUCGAGUUGUUGAUAAGCACAGCAUAAGAAUCCUUCGAGAGGAGUUUGAAAGAGCGGCCAAUAUUAUGCAGUAUGAUCCUGAUCCUUGCGUAAAGCUGUUUGAGCCCUAUGUACCUAAUAGACCACAUCCUUGAGACUCGGUAAUGUUUUGCUGUACUUAAUUCUUCCAAGCUUGUAAAGUCCCGUAGCAUUCAUUUACUAUGGGUUUUCUUUGUUUUUGUUCAUAUGUAAUCUCCCCUUGGUAUCUGCCCUGUAAAAAGUGUGCUUAUUUUGUAGAACUUUCUACUUCAUCUUUUUAUUUUUAUUUUUAUUUUUUAUUAUUUUUUAUUUUUGCGGUGUUCUCCUUAUGUGAGUCUUCGGGACUGUGGCUUGGAGGCUAUUCUUGAUUGAGAGCUGAAUAAAAAAUUCCUGGCUAAAUACUUUGACCAAA